AUGCCACAAAUCCCACCCCGCCGCUACCUCCUCUCCCUCCUCGCCAUCACCGCCAUCACCUUCCUCAUCUUCCUCUCCUCCUACAGUCGACCCACCGACCGCACCCCCUCCGCCACCCCCUACACCCCACCUUCCCACUCCGCCGACCACAUCCCCAUCGACAAAUCCACCCUCACCGGCAACGUCAUAAUGUCCAAACUCGGCAACGAAACGGCCAAAGCCGAACUCGGCCGCUCCGCCUGGAAACUCCUUCACACAAUCAUGUCCCGCUUCCCCGACACUCCCUCCCAAGACGAACAAACAGCACUAAAAUCCUACAUCCACCUCUUCGUGCGCCUCUAUCCGUGCGGGGAGUGCGCCGAGCACUUCCGGCAGAUAGUCGAGAAGUACCCACCGCAGGUAUCCAGUAGGAGUAGUGCGGCGGUAUGGGCGUGUCACGUGCAUAAUGAGGUGAAUAAGAGUCUGGGGAAGGAGGUUUUUGAUUGUUCGAAGAUUGGCGAUUUCUACGAUUGUGGAUGCGCGGAGGAUGCUAAAGAUGAGAUGAGUGAGAAGGCGUUGGGGACAGGGGAGGGGAAGGCGGAGAUGAGUGAGGAGGCUAAGGAGAGGUUGAAGGGGAAUGGGAGGGAGUUUGAUUUGGGGUUGGUCACGGGAGGGUUGGAUAAUGUCAAGGUGGAAUGA